UACUUUAAAUGCUUCGACCAGGUGAAUGUCUCAGAUUUUUAUGACAUUUACGUCUUACGAUUUAAUGCAUCUCAUUGUAAAUAGGUUCUAACUUGAGUAAGAUUGAAACAGAGUCAUAUAGUCUCGAGUUUUACAGCUGUGAAGGGUUUUGUUGUCCUAAAACUCCCACCUCUUUCCUUCAGCUGAGACACACCUUCAAACAUUAUUUUUUUAUUUCAUUCAGCUUAGCUUCUUAAGGUCAACGAGAAUGGUGCUCAGAGUCUUCCUCCCGUAUGCAAACGACAAGAUUCGAUCGCAGCGGAACAGCGGAGUUUUUUGCUAAAUGUCACGAACCUUGAGCCCUGCUCGUAACCAUGUCGGAGGCUAUGGGCGCCGAAACAGAUCCACUCUUCCCAUAGAAGAAAAUCUCGAUUAUUUGAAUGAUGUUUUAGAAAGAUUUCGAAGAGACGCUUUGCGACGCAGAAGGGAAUUCAACAUAGUAGAUGAAGUCGACAGGUCUUUGCCACAACCGAUUGAAGUGGACACAGUUGAAUUUUAUUGCAAUGACAAUGCUAAGUCGCACCAUACAGAUAAUUACGAUUUACUGGAGGGAAAGGAACCAUCUCCAGUGCUUCGCAGAGGAGACUCAUUUUUCAUGGCUAUUCGUUUCAACAGGCCUUUCAAUAUUCAGACAGACAAAAUUAGACUGGAUUUCACUUUCGGUCCUAAAAAACAAAUUGGGAAAGGAACUCUUAUUUUGUUGCCUGUAACGGACAAGAAAUCUCUCACAUUGGAGCCAUCGAAAUGGGAUAUCUGCUUAGCUCGAAUUGAAAGAACUAUUGUGACUCUACAAAUUCAAAUACCAUACAUGGCAGGUGUUGGACUGUGGCGCAUGAAAAUUCAGUCGCAAGUUUCAGGCAGUGAAAAAGUGAAAAUUUAUGAAAGCAAGGAAAGCAUUUAUAUUUUGUUCAAUCCUUGGUGUAAAGAUGAUCCUGUGUACAUGGAAGACAGCAGAUCCCGACAGGAGUACGUUCUGAGCGAUGUGGGAAAAAUUUAUGUUGGAUCUUAUAACAAACCAGUCGGACGACCUUGGGUUUUUGGACAGUUUUCAGAUGCUGUAUUACCAGCUAGUGUAUUUCUUCUAGAAAGGUCAGGUUUAGACUACUCUUCAAGAGGAAACCCGGUGAAAGUUGUGCGUGCUAUAUCGGCUAUGGUUAAUAGCAAUGACGAUAACGGUGUGCUAAUUGGCAACUGGUCUGGAAACUAUGAGGAUGGCACUGCUCCAUGGAGUUGGACGGGUAGUUCUGCGAUUCUUGAACAAUAUCUGUCCAGUGGCGGGAAACCCGUGAGAUACGGACAAUGCUGGGUUUUCUCUGGAGUAUGCACAACAGUUUGCAGAGCUCUUGGUAUCCCUUGCCGAAGCGUGACGAAUUUUGUGUCUGCUCAUGAUACAGAUGAUAGUCUAACAGUAGAUAAAUAUUUUGACGCUGAUGGUAAUGAACUGGAAGAAUUCAACUUCGAUUCCAUUUGGUAAGUAUCAUUAAUGUACAAAUCAGUG